AUGAAGAAUAAAUCAUUCUACACCAGCGUUUCCACUUUAAAUCAUUCAUUCUACAUUCCUUACAUAUCAGAUUCUUUCUGUCGUUAUCUCACAGUUAUGGUGGCUUUUCUACCAAAAAUACUAACCAGUGCUCUCUGUGUAGUUUCCAUUCAAGCGCGAUAUGUUUUUUACUAUGAUCAAUACCACAUUGAAGUACCAAAUAAUACCGUCAACGCUGGAAUAGACCAUGUCAUUACUGCAUUUGCCAAUUCUUCCCUCUUUACCACCUCUCCUGCCGGAGAGUAUGUUCCGUUUCUAGAUAUACCCACUGUACGCUCUAAGUUUGAUAAUGGCACCAAGGUGCUCAUAGCCAUCGGUGGCUGGAGUGAUACAGCCGGCUUCAGUAUUGGAUCCGCAACGGAAGCUUCUCGAAAGCUAUUUGCCGCCAACAUCGCUUCACUGCUCGAUCAGUUUGACUUUGAUGGUGUCGAUAUAGACUGGGAGUUCCCAGGUGGCAAUGGCGCCGACUACCGAGUGAAUCCCAACUCAGAAAAAACUUCAGAAAUAGAGACUUAUCCCUUAUUACUAGCUGAAAUCCGGGCUGCUAUCGGGCCGCAUAAGCUACUAACAAUUGCAACUCCGGGAUUACUUCGAGACUUUCUUGCCUAUACUCCAGAAAAGUCAGCCUCCAUUUGGGAAUCAGUUGACUGGGUAAAUGUUAUGACCUAUGAUCUUAUGAACCGCCGCGAUAGUAUCAGCAAACAUCACACCGACAUCAAGUCAUCCUUACAAACAAUUGAUUACUACAUUAAUACUCUAUCUCUCGACCCGGCCAAAAUAAACCUAGGAUUUGCCACUUACGCAAAAUGGUUCAAGCUAGAUCCCAGUCAACCGUGUGAAGAUGGUCUAGGCUGUGCGACGGUCCUCUUGGAAAAUGCGGAUGGAUCAGAUGCGGAAAUGAGUGGAGCUGUCUCAUCCGAGGCAUAUAACUACCUGAAACCUACCUCCAACUUGACCGAGUCUAACGACGGUAGCUGUGGCCCGACAGUGUCAAAGUAUUGCGCUGCAGGUCUAUGCUGCUCUCAAUAUGGCUAUUGUGGUGAUUCGUCUGACUAUUGUAAUGCCUGCCUAGGCUCAUCAUACGGAAGCGGCUGCAAUGAAACCUCCAUUUCCGAACGCUUCCAGGAGGCCAUGAGUAACGGCAAGACUGAUGAGAUAGCUGGCGGCGAGUACUACUACGACCGGACUCAUCACUAUUUUUGGACCUGGGACACUCCGGCAUUGAUUGCUCGCAAGUUCAAAGAGAUUGUAGAUGCGCGAAACUUGGGCGGCGUUAUGGCGUGGAGUCUCGGUGGAGAUUCCUAUGACUACGGCCACAUUCUGGCCUUACAAAAGGGAGUAUCACAGCGACAGUUCGCGGCAGUAGCCGCAAUGAAUACUGGCAAUGCUACACAGCUAGAAUAG